GGCUGCUGUUUUGUCACGUGAGGCGUCUCUUUUCAAACAUGGCUCUUGUUAGCGCUGAGCAGAAGCAGCCCGUGUUGUGACGGACUGUCGUGGGUCCGCCGCCGCUGUCACGCGUCCGCAAACACCGGCAAACGGAGCAGGCACGCGCCGGCACCGCAACAUGUCCUCGUGACGUGAGAGGAACGAGUUACACAAUGAUGCGUGAAACCGGCGGCGGCGCACCGUUAGCUCGAUGCUAACUAGCUGUCAUCUUGUUUAAGUGUGUGAGAGGAGAGGGACAGACGGACAGAGGGAGUGGACGAGCUCCCCCUCCAUGGAUGACUGAGAAUCAUCACCAGUGUGAGACAGUGGAGGAAACGCAGCCGAGCAGUGGCAAACUCUGGACAAGUAUUGAAGACUCGCCAUGGAUUGGCUGAUGCACGCCGUGGAGAGAGACUUGGGCGUCGACCAGCGGCAGCAAGGUCCGGGCCGUCGUCCCCGCGAGCUCGUUGCCCUGGUUCCUGUGCGCUGGGCGACGGCUCUGAGGGAGAGGAGGCUGAUACGCUGCGCCCGCUUCGACAGCGUCAGCGAGGCGGAGAUUUGCACGUACCUCCAGUGUUCUCAGGCAAAGCUGCCCGCAGGCUGGACACGAGUGUGUGUUCAGGGUGUGAGGAAAAACAAGCUGAGCUACAGACUGGCCCGAGACCCGUGUGACCAACAGAUGGAACUUAAGGCAAAGGAUUCUUAUGUCAAAACCAUGCAGUGUGUGUCCCAGCAUAAUGUCAGGAACCUGUGGCGUGACUUUCAUCACAAACUCGUGCAGCCAUACACAGGAGCAGGAGAGCAGAUGCACAUUGCCGCCGUAGACGCCGUGCGUCACGCGCUGCAGAAGCUCUUCAACUCCACCUUCAUGUCGUCUGACAGAGCGUCGCCAUCCCUCUCUCCGGCCAGAGAGAAAGAGAAAGAAAACUACCUGCCGUCGUCCACCUCGUCUUGUUUUCCCAGGUCCCCGUCAGACAACAUGUGUCCUAACGUCCUGCCUGCAGAGUGUCUGCUGGAGACGGCAGACAUGUUGUACGUCAUCCUACCAUACACUCAGUAUUCGCUCCAAGAUAUCGUCUCCUUCAGCCCAGCCAAGCUCGCUAACAGCCACGCCAAAGUGUUGUUCAUCCUCUACCAGUUACUGAGCGCUCUGCAGGCGUGUCACGCAGCGGGUCUGUCUUGUGGCGAGCUCUCCCUGCAGGACGUAGCAGUCGAUGAGCAGCUCUGCAGUCGCCUCAAGCUCAACCUGGCCCACUACGAGGAGCUGGGGGCAGAGGGGGAGACAAACGGCGACGUUAGUGGCAGACAAGUGCCAAAAAGUGUCCCACCACGGGACCGCUUGUGCGUGAGCCAAGAGAACAAAAGACUGUGCAAAGACUGCUUUGACGAGCUCAAGACGUUGGUUCUGGACUGGGUGCACGGACGAGUCAGUAACUUCCGCUACUUGAUGGAACUUAACAGGUUGGCGGGACGACGAGAAGGAGACCCUAAUUACCACCCAGUGCUGCCGUGGGUGGUGGAUUUCACUGUGCCAUUUGGAAAAUUCCGGGACCUCCGUAGGUCAAAGUUCAGGCUCAAUAAGGGGGACAAACAGCUGGACUUUACAUAUGAGAUGACCAAAGAGGCUCUGGCGGCCGGAGGAGGUGGUGUCGGUGGAGAUCUCGGCGUCUCUGUUGGUGCCGGCGGUGCCGGACAGUCGGACCACCUCCACGUUCCCCAUCACAUCUCUGACGUGCUCUCGGACAUCACGUACUACGUCUACAAAGCACGGCAGACGCCCAAAUCAGUGUUGUGCAGCCACGUGAGGUCUCAGUGGGAGCCCAACGAAUACCCAGCCAGUAUGGAGCGAAUGCAGAGCUGGACUCCCGACGAGUGCAUCCCAGAGUUCUACACUGAUCCCACCAUUUUCCGCUCCAUCCACCCCGACAUGCCGGACCUGGAUGUGCCUUCGUGGUGCAAGUCCUGUGAGGAGUUUGUUGAGGUCCACCGCCAUCUGCUGGAGAGCAGGGAGGUGUCGCAGCAUUUGCAUCACUGGAUCGACCUCACCUUUGGCUUCAAGCUGUCUGGUAAAGAAGCCGUGAAAGCCAAGAACGUGUGCCUGCACCUCGUGGACAACCACACCAAUCUGACUACGUAUGGUGUCGUUCAGCUGUUUGACCAACCGCACCCGCCCCGCCUGUCCCCCACACAGUACGCUCCAGCAGAACCUCCUCUCCUCGGUCUUGCUGCUCUUUAUGUGCCUUCUCUUCACAUCCCUCAAUUCAACGCGGUGGUCGACGCUGUGGACGGAAUGGUGCCCGAGUCCAUCGGAUGUGAGUCCACUGGCUGGACCAUGGUGGACAGAGAUGAUGAGCUGGAGCAAGGUACAGAAGCUCUGGACUCAUUGGCAUCCACCGGGGCGUCCAGCUCUGUGCCGCUGCCGUGUGUCAGUACAGCAGGAGGGAAACUCGGAGGAGAGCACGCUGCACUGAUCGUGUCUCAGUCUCCGAGUUCCUUCCCGGGGGAUUUUACGAGCGGCUUAGGUCCUGGGGGUUUACGCAGUGUUGUGUUGCACAGAGGCGGAGCCGUGAACAAAAAACACGGCGAUGGAAGUGUGACGGCCACCGUGACGGAGGAAAUCAAAAUCACCCUCCCCGAAGGCUUCAACCCGCUACAACCUCUGGAAGAGCUGGAGAAGUUGAGCAACUUCCUGGUGAAGAGUCUGCACGCUGAAGUGCAGCAUCUCGCAGGAUCCAGCGGCUGCACGAGAAGUGGCGCGGUGGCCGAAUCUCUGCCCUCCCUGACCCGGCUCUACCAAAGAGACAUGCAGGCCCUGGGUGUUCUCAUCGCAGAGAUAUUCUUCUCCUUCAAACUGAGCGGACUGAAGCCAGGCACGCCGCUCGCCCAGCGUUUCCAAGCCGUGAUGAAGCUUUGCUCUGCCAGCCUGCGGGACGUACCGCUGUCAUUGCACCACGCUCUCGAGACGCUGCUGCUCAUAGAGAAACACUCCGGAGAAGCACACAGAGAAAUCCCGGACUGCCCGCGUCCACUCCUCUUCAAGUACGACCCCAUCUGCGACGGCCUCCCUCCUCCAAACCCCUGCCAGUUAUUGAACUCCGUCAUCUCGCCCUUUCCUUUCCCACCCUAUUUCCCAGCACUUCAUAAUUUCAUCUUCUCCUUCCACACCAAGAUGGAGACGUCGUGUGGUGCUCAAGGAAGGGACGUCGUCUUCCACCUGUGGCAGCAGCUUGAGACGCUUUUGCGCGGGAACAUCACCGCCGAAGGUCUUGAGAUUCUCCUGCCCUUCAUUCUCGCCCUCAUGCUCGAGGAAUCCACAGCUGUCUACGCUGCUUGGUACCUUUUCGAGCCCAUCUCCAGAGUACUGGGUCCCAGGAACGCAAACAAGUACCUACUGAAGCCCCUGAUCAACGUCUACGAAAACCCUCAUUGCCUGCGAGGACGUUUCUAUCUCUACACCGACUGUUUCAUCCUGCAGCUGAUUGUGAGGCUCGGCCUGCAGGCCUUUCUCUCCAGCCUACUUCCCCACGUGUUGCAGGUCAUCACUGGCUUUGAAAGCUGCACCUCGGGCUCCGGUGCAGACACUUGUAAAGGACUGAGGGCCGGGACCUGUAAUCUUGAAGAGGAAGAGGACUUCCAGUGCGGUGAGGUGCGGCCCUCGUCUGGGUCUGUCAGCGGGAAUAUGGGCGGUGGCAGCGGAGGCAGUGGAGUCGGAGACGCGGGGCUGGUCGACUACUCGUCGGGCAUCAGUCUGAACGAUCAAGUGUUUCUCUCCGAGGCCGAGGACUUUCAGAACGGAUUCUACGUUAACAACGGAGCUGCUGUGGCUGCCGGGAAACAGCACAACCACAACUCUGCCUCCAAGGACCAGGACCAGGAGUCUCUGAGUGUGGGCAAACUCAGCGACAAAAGCAGCACAAGUGAACUCUCGCUGGGCGACGGAGACUCGAUUCGCGAUCGGGUCAGUCUCAAGUCGGCCGACAGCAGCCAGGACCUGAAGCACGGCAGCGAGGGAGAGGAAGGAGGAGAACUGGAGGAAGAGGAGGUGACUGAGGCCAACGAGGGGAAGGAAACCACCGAAACCAGCCUGGAGCUGUCGCUCUCUGGCUGCACUGAAGCUUCAGGAGCCACAGUUGUUACUCUGGAGGGCGAGUUCGUCAACGGGAUGGCUCUGGAAGAACCGGAGAAAGGCAUCGUGGGAAGACAAGAGGACGACGACGGCCAGGAUCCAUCAGAGAACUCUGAGGAGAAGGAGCAAAAGAUUCUUCUAGACACGAUGUGCAAAACCGUUCGCUGGCUCUCUGCGAAGCUCGGACCGACGCUCACGUCUCGAUUCAUUGCCAGAAAUUUGCUGCGUUUGCUGACAAACUGCUACAUCGGGCCUGAGAACCACCUGUUUGUGGCUCCUGCUCAGGAGCAGAGCAGCCUGGACAGCGUGGGAAUGGGCAGCGUGUAUGAGAAGAAACCUGUGGUUGGUGAUCACACAGCAGUUCCUGUGCUGGACUGUCUCAUCUACAUCGCUCAGCUCUAUGGAGAGCCUGUGCUGACGUACCAGUACCUGCCUUAUAUAGGAUACCUGGUGUCUCCGCCGUCUUCGCAGCGCCUCAACACGCGUAAGGAGGCGAGUCUGCUCGCGGCCGUCGCACUCACGCAGAAGAUCGUCGUCUUCCUCUCUGACACCACCCUGAUGGACAUGCUCAUGAAGAUCAAUCAGGACGUGCUUCUGCCUCUGCUCGACCUGCUCACCACUCCCACUAUGGGUUUCCCCAGCGGGGUGCAGACGCGCACCGCAGUGUGUCUGAAGACUCUCAGCCUGAUGGCUCUCAUCUGUCUGCGCAUCGGGAGGGAGAUGGUGCAGCAGCACAUGGCUGACACUCUGCGGGGCUUCUUCGCUGUUUUCUCUCUGCUGCAUUGUCUGCAGCCCCAGCUGGACAGCGCCCCCCGCAGAGUUGUGGGAGAAGUGACAGUGGUGGACGUGUGUACGCCCGAAGAGUCGAACGUGACGUACGAGUUGAGCGUCUUGGAAGAGCUGCAGACGGUCUUCAAUCCUCAGAUGGCCCACGCCUCCUACAUCCCCUUCUACUGUCUCAUAGGUGACGUGGCGAUCCGUAAGCUGGUUCCCAACCAUCAGCUGGUUUGGCAGUUGGCUCAGUCCUACCACCAGAGUCUGAGUCAGGUGACGCCCGAGACCAACGCCACGGCAACGUCCAGGCCAGAGCAGCCUCCGUCCUCCGUGGAUCUGUCUGGCAGACGGCCUUUCCCUGCACCGUCAAACAGCUCCAGUCCUCUGGGAGACUCCCUCCCCGAGUCCGGCACGUUUGGGAGCCACCUGGUAGGUAACCGUAUCCAGGUGUCCCGGGACUCUGAGUCGGGCUUGGCCACCUCUUGGGGUCGCUCCAGCCACACCGCGCCGAGCGUCACCACGUCAUCCACCUUCACCACAGCGUCUGUGAACACGUUUGCUGCACUUCCCACCUCCUGGUUGACGGGUUCAAACCUGGAGGACAGCGCACUGAAGCAGGAGCUGCCCCGCAGCGGCCGCUCGCUGCAGGGAAACUGGCUGGCGUACUGGCAGUACGAGAUCGGUCUGAACCAGCAGGAUCCACACUUCCACUUCCACCAGAUACGACUGCAGAGCUUCCUCGGACACUCGGGCACCACAAAGUGUUUGGCGCCCCUCGCUGGCGAGGAUUACUUCCUCUCCGGGAGCAAGGACAAGACUGUGAAGCUCUGGCCGCUGUAUAACCAUGGCGACGGGACGCAGGAGGUGGAGCCUCGGCUCACAUACAGCGAACACCGGAAGUCCAUCUUCUACGUGGGACAGCUAGAGACUUCGCAGGAGGUCGUCAGCUGCGACGGCACCAUUCACCUGUGGGACCAGUAUACAGGCAAAUGGAUCCGCUCGUAUGAAGCUGUGGACGGGAAGAAUCCCAUCACAGCGGUCACGACGAUGCCGGCGCCUCAGUGCAGCGUCGUGUUUGGCAGCGCAGACUCUGUUCUACGCUUCAUUGAUCCUCGCAAACCAGGACUGCAGCAUGAAUUCCGUCUGGCGUACAGCAAUCUGAGCGCCGGUCUCAUCCGUUACCUGGCGGUGAGUCCUUCAGGACGGACUGUGGCCGCAGGUUUCUCGUCGGGCUUCAUUGUUCUUCUCGACGCUCGGACGGGACUCAUUCUGAAGGGCUGGCCUGCUCAUGAAGGAGAUAUCCUCCAGAUGAAGGCCGCAGAGGGAAACUUGGUGGUCAGCUCGUCCACAGACCACACCCUCGCCGUGUGGAAGGACCUGGAGAACAAGCCCGUGCGUCAGUACAAGUCCCCGUCCGACCCCAUCCACGCCUUCGACCUCUAUGGCUCGGAGAUCGUGUCGGGAACGGUGGCGAACAAGAUCGGCGUGUACUCGAUGGCCGACAUCUCCCUGAGCCCCGUCAGCAGCACCAAGCUGAGCUCGGAGAACUUCCGCGGGACUCUGACCAGCCUGGCCGUGCUGCCCACCAAGAGGCUCCUGCUGCUCGGCUCCGAGAACGGAGCCAUCCGCUUGUUAGCUUAGCAUCAGUCAGUGUGGGUUCCCAUGUCUGCACUUACUCGACCCAUCUGCUGUGAAGAAGACAGCAGGAGUCUGAGCGUUCUCCUGUGUGUGAGGUCAGUUUUAAUGGUAGUUUCUCUUCUUUGAACAAAGCAGCACAGGUGGAGACGUCGUACGAGGGCCGUUCACAUGCAGCGUCUAAAAACGUGUUUCUAAAACACUAAAAUUAGCAAGCAAACCUCUGUCCUGUGGUGUUUUCUUUUCACCUGUUCAUGAAAUGUGACGUCUCAACUAAACUGUAAACAAAAGAAAACAAAAUAAAGUCCCUUUAAAGCAAAUUCAAAGAUUCUCAUCGUCACAAUCGUCGAAAAUGUUAGUGAAUCAAAACUCUCUUCUGUUCAGAAGAUUUAAUUUGGAAUAAUAGUUAUUAUAACUCCUCCUCAAACACGACAAUUAAAAUCACUGCUGGAAAUCAUGUAUAACCACACAGAAAAACUCUGAAGCGUUAUUUAAAACUACAUCCCAAAGAUGAAGUUAAGAAGAGCAGACCACUGUCUAUCAGUACCACUGAUAGACACAGGGGGAGACAGAGAGCAGGACUCGAAUUAAACCAGUGGACAAUUUGUCAUUAUUCUGACACCAAAAUAUGUGGAAAUGUUUGAUAAUAGAGAGUUUACAUUAAAUGGUCUGUAUGUGUUUGACACGCCCCCAGUGUUUUUAGACUUUUUUUAAAUCAUAAUAAUUUGGUUAAAAAAAAAGUGGUCAGUGACACAUUUUUCAAAAGGAAAAAAGAAUUGCGAUUUUCACUGCGACAAAGAUGUGAAACAACAGUUUUUUUGUUCGUGAAGACGCUGCACGUGAACGUCUCGUCACGACUCACCUUCAGCUGCUGGCACUGAAUUCAACGGCCAAACUAUCGAUAUUCACCAUGUCAAAAAAAAUCCUGUGGUAUUUCUUUUUUAGAGAGAACAAAAAGCCUAUAAGUGAACAAAUAUGUUGAAUUCUGUAUGAGUGAGUGAAUGAAUGAGACAACGACGAGCUCAGGAAGAAAGAAGGUGGAACCGAGUCUGGUUCUUUUCGGAAAUCGACGCAUCACACAAAACACCAAAAAAUAUCCCGUUUCCUUUUUCCCCCGUGCCAGAAUUCACUCAUUCAUCCAAACGCACUGAUGAAACUAUGCAGUAUUUGUGGAUCGAGUCUUUGUUUUUUGUGUUUUCUCCGUGCUCCAGAGUCCCUUUGUUUGGGAAAAACUUGCUUUUCUCUUUUCUUUUCUUUUCUUUUUUUGUUUUUGGCGUUGACGAGCGUAGGCGGCGCAGUCGUCGGCGUACACACGCACGCAAAUGCACAGCCUUUAUUCUGCUGCACAUUCACCGCCUGGAUUGUAACAUUUAGACUCUCAGUCGGGGAUUUUAAAGACUGAAUGUUUUUAAUCCACUAAAUAAUAAAUUACUUGAAGUUG